AUGACCGCCGCGCGUCGGACCGGCCCGGCGGGGCAAAUUAAUUUUCCUGGAGCGCGCGCGCGCAAAAACAUCCACCGGUCCCUCUUCCUCGCGGCCUCCGGGCUGAGCUUCCUCUUCACCUGGUCGCUGAUCCUCUUCGCCAUCCUGCUGGACCCGGCCAUCCCGGUGACCGUGCACCAUGGCCUCCCGAUCAAGGCCCUGAUUGCCCCCUUCACCACCUUCCUGGCCAUGCCGCUGAUCCUGAUCAUGCCGCUGGACAUCCUGGGUCUGCCGCAGCGCCGCGGCCUGAUGCGCAGCGCCAAGCGCGUCUUCCUGGCCCCCUUCUACCCGGUGCCCUUCUGUGACAUUGUCCUGGCCGAUGUGUUCACCUCGUACUCGCGGCCGCUGGCCGAGAUCAUCCUGGCUUUUGCCUGGAUCUUCGGCACCAUCUUCCGCGUGGGUGUACCCUCCAGCCAUGCCUGGCACAAGAUCAACCCCUUCAUCCUGGCCUUGCCCCCGCUGUGGCGUCUGCUGCAGUGCCUGCGCGCGUACCACACCGACCGCAAGCCCCGGCACUUGGCCAACGCGGUCAAGUACUCCAGCAGCUUCCCGGUCAUCUUCAUUUCCGCGCAGAUCUCCAGCUUCCAGGUGGAUUCGCCCUUCUUCUCGUACUGGCUGAUCGCCGCCUUCAUCAACAUGUCCAUCAGUAUCUACUGGGACUUCGUGCAGGAUUUCGGCCUCUGCUACUUCCACAGCGGUGUCAAGUAUCCCGGCCUCCGGACGUACCUCAUUUACCGGAGCGUCGGCCGACUCAUCGCCCUGCUGACCCUGGGAGCCAUCGCCACUGGGUCGGUCUUCUUUUUCUGGCUCCGGCGCACGCUACCCUACUACCCGGCGGAAACCGUCGCCGCAUUCUACGAGGCUCUGGCCACCUUCUACCGGCCGGUAUUCUUCGUCAUCCUGGCCAUCUGGUGUGCCGGGCUGAAUGCGCACUUCCUCAAUCGCUCUGGCAUCAGUCUCAGCUUGGCCUUCCAGAUUGAAACCCUCUAUGUGCACCCCUGGAUGUAUUACAUGGCCAUGGCUUUCGACUUUGCCGCGCGCGCCGCGUGGUCCUACCGGCUGACGACCUCCUUCAAGGACUUCCCCGAAGCCAGUGUCCUGCUUCUCCAGACCAUCGAGUCCUUCCGCCGGUGCAUCUGGAUCUUCUUCCGCGUGGAGCACCGCAUGCUGGCGGACAAUCUCUUCCGCAAGGAGAUCCUGCUGCAGCCGGGCGCCGGCGGGCCCCAGCGGCCCAUGCCGAGCCUGUCCAGUGCCAAUGCCCACUCGGAGGGCACCGGCGCCACGCCACUCAUCAUCUCCACCGGGGCCGGGCUCGGGGCCCAUGCGCACGACUCGCCCGGUGGGUCGCCCCUCGCCGAGGCGCCCCUGCCCCACUGGAACUGA